GACGACCGCUGUGGGUGACGCAAUAAUUUUACAUUUUACUACGACUUCUGAGGGUAUUUUGGAUCGACCAUGAAACUCCACUUUCUAGGAACCGGCUCAAGCUACCCAACAACCAAGCGUGGUGUGUCAUCUUUAGCUCUACAGCAGGAUGAUGGCUCCAUUUGGCUCUUCGACAGUGGCGAGGGCACCCAGAUUCAGGCCCAGAAAGUUGCCGUUUCGAGACAGAAGAUUAACAAGAUCUUCAUCACUCACCUUCACGGAGAUCACAUGUUUGGUCUCCCUGGUCUCCUCUGCACCAUUUCAUCCCAGUUUGGCCUGACCGAGGAACAGCUGGAGAAGGAAGUGCCUCGUGUCGAUAUAUACGGCCCUAAGGGUCUCAGGCGAUUCAUCUACACAGCGUUAAGUCUUUCAAGAUCUCCACUGAUUUUCAAGUACUGUGUACAUGAGAUGGUUCCUGUUGCCUCACAGUAUUCCGAGGACUGGGCAGAAUGGGACGUUGACCACACUGAGCCCAGCGCGACCCACCCCAGUGAGCUUCCUGGGGUCACAGUCGAACCUAGUGUCAUGGAGGAUGGCAAUGUACAUUGGAAACUUAUUGACAAUGAGGAAUGGUGUGUGCGAGGAGGUUGGAUUCAUCACAGGAUACCAAGUUUUGGUUUUGUCAUCAAUGAGAAAGACCGGCCUGGUACACUGGACAAGAGCAAACUAGUCUCAUUAGGAGUAAAGCCAGGCCCUAUUUAUGGCCAGUUAAAGAGCGGAAAGUCGAUAACGAUGGACAACGGAGACGUUAUCACCCCGGAGAUGGUUCUUGGCCCACCCAUUCAAGGACGGACACUUAUCAUCCUUGGAGACACAAGUGAUGCGUCUCCUCUUGCCCAUAUGAUCCAGUCUGUUUUGCUUCAAUUACGUUUUCAAUUUCAUCUUUUAUUUUCUUUCUUUUUCUUUUUUUUAUGGGUUUGA